UCGGUACCCGAACCCCACUCUGCCACGGAGAGUCGGGAGCCGAGCACGUUCGAGUGGAAGCCCCGCAGCCGAACAGCUCUAGCCUCCGCUGCCUUCGCCGCCUGAAACCAGCUGGAAGAUGAGCACAGGCUUAGACCCCGUGGUCAUUGUCUCCGCAGCCAGGACUGCCAUAGGGUCCUUUAAUGGUUCUUUAUCUACUGUCCCUGUCCAUGAGCUGGGCUCCACUGUCAUUAAAGAAGUUCUAAAAAGGGCCUCUGUUGCUCCAGAAGAUGUGUCUGAGGUUAUUUUUGGGCAUGUUUUGUCAGCAGGGUGUGGCCAAAAUCCUGUUCGACAGUCCAGUGUGGGAGCUGGAAUCCCCUAUGUCGUGCCAGCUUGGAGUUGUCAGAUGAUCUGUGGAUCAGGCCUCAAAGCUGUCUGUCUUGGGGCUCAGUCCAUUGGGUCUGGAGAGUCCAGUGUUGUCAUAGCAGGAGGCAUGGAGAGCAUGAGCAAGGCGCCUCAUUUUGUUCACUUAAGAACAGGAUUGAAAAUGGGUGAGACCCCCCUGAAGGACAGUGUGAUCUAUGAUGGACUUACGGACGCAUUCCACAACUACCACAUGGGGAUUACAGCUGAAAAUGUGGCACAAAAAUGGAAAGUGAGUAGAGAAGAGCAAGAUGAAUGUGCUCUCUUGUCACAGAAGAGGACAGAGAAUGCUCAAAAAGCAGGCUAUUUUGACAAAGAGAUUGUACCUGUUUCUGUACCUUCUAGAAAAGGGCCCGUGGAGGUGAAGACAGAUGAAUUUCCUCGGCACGGAAGCACUCUGGAAGCCAUAUCCAAACUCAAGCCUUGCUUUCUGACAGAUGGAUCAGGAACAAUAACUGCCGCCAAUGCUUCAGGAAUGAACGAUGGAGCUGCCGCUGUGGUUCUUAUGAAAAAGUCAGAAGCAGAAAGACGAGGUCUUACACCAUUGGCACAGAUUGUAUCCUGGUCACAAGUUGGUGUAGACCCUUCCAUUAUGGGAUCGGGACCAAUUCCAGCCAUCAGGCAGGCUGUUGCCAAAGCAAAUUGGACACUAGAAGAUGUUGAUGCAUUUGAAAUCAAUGAAGCCUUUGCAUCCCUGGCUGUAGCAGUAUCAAGGGAACUCGGAUUGAAUCCAGAAAAGGUCAACAUUCAAGGUGGAGCCAUAGCUUUGGGACAUCCCAUUGGGGCAUCAGGGUGUCGAAUUCUUGUUACUCUGCUACAUACACUGGAGCGGAUAGGUGGAACACGUGGAGUGGCAGCUCUCUGCAUUGGAGGAGGGAUGGGAAUAGCAAUGUGUGUUAAAAGAGAAUGAAAAGAAAAGCUUAAUGUCAAAAAGUGAUUGAACAAAUUGUAAAACUUUAACCACAUUUUAACUUCUUGAGUCUUAAAAAACAAACUUACUUAACUACCUGUGAAAACAUGUUUCAGGGACCAAAAACAGCAGAAGAAAGAUGUUUUUAUUUUCUUUCAUCUCCCUUAUAAAAACUCAAGUCAACGUGACAGGUUGCUCUAUUUUUUACGUCCAUACACAAAGUAUAAAGACCAACUGGUACAGAAUUAAACUAACAGUAACAUUGUUAUAAAUAAAAUCUGAUCAGUCUUCAAUA